UGGUCGGCACCCUAGAGAUAAGAAAAAGGAGAGAUUGUCCGCCACUGUCGCGGAGAGCAACUUCCGGGUUCCAGCAACAAGAAAGAAGCAUUAAAGCCCUUGAGGUCCCUUCCGGCUCUUUAACCCUGAGAGGAAAAGGACGAAACGCAGCCCAGAAGUCGGUGCCUCUUUGUGUGUCUCUGCUGCCCUGAAGCAGCUAGAUCGGAAGUUAUUGCUCAAUGGAGAAGAAGGCAGGCCCAGGAGGGAUGGACUGGAGCCGAAGGAGGGACGAGUGAAGGAAGAGGGGGCCCAGUUUCUUUUUUCAAGAUAUUGUGUGCAGCUUCAUCAACAAAAUGUCUGAACUACAGAAAGCACAAAGCACUGAAUAUGCUACCUCACGGGUCCGUGGACCUGGUGAUGGCAUGGAAAUGGAGCAACCGCCAAAAUCUGUGGAAGUUGUCCACAUCACAACCAGCCAUGCCCACAGAAGCCCACAUAAGAAAACUCCUCCUUCGCUAAGUCCUGGAGUUCUUCAGCUAGGGAAGAUCUAUGGUGAAAAGGCAGUGGAGAUUGAAGCUGUACGAAUAGUGGUUCCCAAAGCUGCUAUAAGCCAUGUGAUUCCUAAAAAAAAUGCAAAGGCAUCCAAGUCUGCAGGACAUCCCAAAGAAAUCCUCACCCUAUCAGAUGGAAUUUCAGAUACUAAGAAAGAGAUGUUAGAGCUAAAAAGUGAAAUCGGGAAGCUUAAGAACUCAGAGAGAAGACUGCUACAAGAUAAGGAAGGCCUUUCCAAUCAGCUCCAUGUACAAACAGAGGUCAAUCGGGAAUUGAAGAAGUUACUUGUGGCUUCAGUGGGAGAUGACCUGCAGUAUCACUUUGAGCGUAUGGCGCGUGAAAAAAACCAACUGAUCCUUGAAAAUGAGGCUCUGGGGAGGAAUGUAUCUCAGCUGUCUGAACAGUUGGAGCGGAUGUCUAUACAGUGUGAUGUCUGGCGCAGCAAAUUCUUGGCAAGCAGGGUCAUGACAGAUGAGCUGACUAACUCCCGAGCAGUUCUGCAGCGUCAAGCUAGAGAUGCACAAAGUGCCAUUUUGGAUCUGUUAAGUGAACGUGACCAGUUUCGUCAAGAAAUGAUUGCUGCUCAAAAGUUGCUGGAAGAGCUGCUGGUUUCUCUCCAGUGGGGAAGACAACAAACUUACUAUCCUAGUGCACAGCCUCAUAGUACAGCAGAGCUAGCAGCUGUAAAUCAUAAACUUGCUAAAGCUGUGACUUCACACCUUCUUGGAAACAGUGAUAACACUAACAGUCCAAAAAAGAGCUCUUCUCCAACAGAAUUCUGCAACACCCCUGCUGAGAAAAUGGCUGAAAUGGUAUUAAGAAUGCUGGAUCCUGGCAGCUGCACAGAAGCUUCAUCUGAACUUCCUUUUGCUGAGCCUUCAGCUUCCUCUUUCCUUUCCCCAAAGAAAAAUAUUGGACGAUUUCAUCCAUACACGAGAUACGAGAAUAUAACUUUCAACUGCUGUAAUCACUGUCAGGGAGAACUGCUAGCUCUUUAAAAUUUAUUCUCUGCCUAAUAGAGAUGUUCUUUCUAAAGGGGUUUGCUUUUUGGGUGGUCUAUAUUAGUUCUUCUAAGGUUUUGGGCUGAGCUUACUGUAUUAGAAAUAUUUGUCAUACAGCAGGGAAAUGUGUGGCUCUCCAGAUACUAUAGGACUGCAGUUCUUAUCAGCCCUAACCAACACAGCCACUGAUGAGGCAUGAUGAGAAUUGUAGUUCAACAUCUGGAAAGUCACACAUUUCCCUCUCUUGGCAGCUUUUGAACCUUUAAGAGUUCUACUAUCAAAAUAAAAAUACUUUAAGCCCUUAAA